AUGGAUACAGUUCCGAAGGGGUACUACUCUUUUUGUCAUUCUAUUGUUGGAGUUCUAGCAAUUGAAGAUUUCGGGGCAGGGUAUACCAGAGAGUUGAGAACACAGAUGCAUCAAGUGGGAACCUCGUCAAGAUAUUUCGGUCAUCUCUUGAUUCAGGUGAUUGCGGUGGAAAUCAUAAUUAUUAUGACUCAAGAGGACCUUUCAGUUCAGCGUGAGGAAGCGGUGAUUGUUCUUGAAGAUCAAGAUGCAAUGGAAUUUGGAAGAUUGAUUGAUAACGAGGGAGUACUAGGGCGUACGAGGAAGAUGGGAGGAAAGACAGUUGCCUAA